GUAAAUAAACAUUGACUAAAAUUUUCGUACUUCCUCCCAAAUUUAUAAAAAAUUCACAAGAAAACUCCCAAAAAGUACUAAAAAUGGCUGAAAACGACUCCUCAUCUCUUACAAAAUAUUUUGCUGACGAUCCUCCGAGUUUAUUUGACGAAUUAGUUCAACCCCAACAAUUAUCAAUAAUCCAAAAUUCUGAUCCUCCAAUGAAAUUUCCUGACGUCACGCAUUUGCUGAAUGAGGAAGUAACGAAACCAAAUGUCCCCAAUGAAGUUAUCGAUUUUUGGGAGCCUUCCCCGUAUUUGAGUGCAACUUCGACAUCUUCAGUGCCGCCGCCUUUGACACUUCCCGGAAUGUACACGUCGGUCGAUUAUCAGGAUUACAUCAAGGAAGUUUCAACCGCGCUAUUGGGAAAAAUCGAGGCAGUGGCAAAACGUUCGGAUAUUUUGUCGGAAAAUGACGUCACGCAAGACGAUCGCGGUUUGAGGCAAUUAAUUUUGUCGGGAUGUUUUUCCGCUGCCUUGAAUUUGACUUCGAGACUGUUGUCGGUUUACGGGCAAGGCUUCAAUAACGUCGGGCAAGUCUCGAAAUCGACGCCGCAUUCGCUUGGAUUGUGGUUCACGAGACUUUCGCUGCUCUUGAGACUCGGGCAAUACGACAUUUGUGUCAAAGAAGCGGAGCCGUUUGGAAAAUUGAACAAUCCCGACAUGUAUUUUGAGAAUUAUCCCGAACUUUAUCCCGGGAGAAAAGGAUCUUUGGCGAGUUUUUCCUUCAGAUUGCUGCUCGCGGAACUGCCGAUCUACAAAAGUCGCUUAAAUGAAGCGAUGAAUAAUUUAACGGAACUCUUGGAAACAUGCAAAAAGAUAAAAACUUACUUUGAAAGGACAAAUUCGGAUGCGGGACGUUUUUGGCAACGUCGAAUUUUCCGCGUGAUGCAUUCCAUCAUCAAUUGUGCGAUAAUGAAGAAGGACCAUGCCCUCGCGACGGAGUUGCUUCAACAAAUUUUACGCGAAACCGACGACGAAGACGAGAAAAAAUCACUUGAAUUAGCGUUGGGGCGAGUUUUUCUCCAAUCUGGCGACAUAAAAAGUGCGGAAAUUUGCUUCACGCGAGUUUUUGGCGAGAAACGCGACACAGUUACGUUGCUCGAAUGCAUCAACCGAGGGUUAGUUCACGUGGCAAAAGCAGAAUUUGGUGAAGCUUUGAAAUAUUUCACAAAAGGACUCGAAUUGGAUGACAAAAAUAUCAUGUUGCACAAUAAUUUGGCAGUUUGUUUGCUUUACACGGGGCAACUGAAGAACGCGAUAAGGCAAUUUGAGACAGCGAUUGAAUUGAAUCCGCAUCAAGCGUUGAACGAAAAUUUGCUGUUGAAUUUGUCGACGUUGUACGAGCUGGAGUCGAAUGAUGCGAGAACGAAAAAAUUGGCGUUACUGAGAAAAGUAGCGACUUAUAAGCCGGAUUUGAAUUGCAGCGUCGAGGUUUGCCUGAAAUUAGAGUAUAAGAGACAAACGGAUGAUUUUGUGAUAAAAAUGGAGAAAAAGGAUACUUAUGUCGUGUAAAAUGUUGGAAUUAUUUUGUUAAAUUAAUUAUUAAUAAAAAUUUAUGACGAUUUAAAAAA